AUACGUGCAUCACUUUUUCGGCCUACGCUCUUGUUCGUUCUGUCUCGCGAGGCACAAUAUUAUCGUGACCGUGGCCUAUCUCUUUCGAUGUUGGUCGUCGAGUCGACCCGACAUUCUUGUGCACAUACCUAUAGUGACACUACGGUACUCAGAGAGACCGAGACUGCCGGUUGCCGAAUGGGGAGUGAUAAUGGCCCUGUGUAAUAAAUUUGAUUAAAAGUCAUAUCGUCGCAGAAUACGAAGACACUCUCUUCGGUGACUCGACUGGAGUGAUGCAAAUUUACUCUCCAAGAUCUUGGUGGUUGUUUACGCUUUACUCCGGCUGAAAGGAUUUCUGUUCAGUUGAGCGGAUGAACUUGUACGGAUUGUUCGUGAUCGUAUCGCCGCGGCUGGGAGCAACGAUCGACGGUUAACGAUGACGUUUCUUCGCGGGUGGUGUCUCAAUGUUUGCGUCAUAGUUUGUCUAGUGCAUGGUGGAGGGUGGGCUUCGCCUGUGCCACAAGAUCAGACGAAACAGCAGGUGGUCAAAAGGCAAGCCAAGGGUGGUGCAGAGCGUCCCAAGAUCCGAAACGAAGUGGCCGAGUUUCUAGAAAGUGGCAAAAUGAUCAACGAUUACGUAUGGGUGGAUGCAACGACGAAGAAGUUCGUGCCCGUUCCUGGGAAUGAUCUGGAAUUUGGAAACUGCUCCGAUUCGGAUGAGCUGAUUUAUUUCGACAACACGGUUAUAGAGAACUCAGGGCCGAGUACUUUGAACGGAACGCUCGAGAUCUACAUCGAUGCACCCGUCAAUAUAACAUGUGUGAGGGCGAUUGAUCAAAUCAAAGAUGGUUUUGGCGCCGUUCCGACGUACAAUUCCAUGGGCUCAAACUGGGCCAAAAUUGAUGUCACCGGUCAGUACGGAAGAGGAUUUCAUUUCCACAUCUACGUCUAUGGCAGUCGACAGAAGAAGAACGGUUCCGAGAAGGAAAAGGAGCGCAAGGACAGUCAGUCUAAUCUGGUGUAGUUUACAUGAGUUGUGCUUCAAUUGUUUUAUGUGUAGAUAGUAGAAUUUUAGAAUUGCGAGAGUAAAAAGUGUGUUGAUUAAAGGUUUGUGGUUGGUAUUGUACAUUCUCCUGGAAAAUCAACUAUUACAGUUAAAAAGUGUAAUAAAUCAAAUGCCUAGCAUCCCUCUGAUGUUUUAAGGACCUGAAAGUCAACCUACGUGCCACAGCGAAUCAAUUACACUUUUAUGGAGUACGCUUCCGUGUUAGUUCAAUUUGGGGACAACGCACAAUACUUCUGAUUCUUUUUCUUCUGGCGCGACGUCCCCACUGGGACAAAGCCUGCUCUUCAGCUUGUGUUCUAUGAGCACUUCCACAAUAUUAACUGAAAGCUUCCUCUGUCAAUGACCUUUUUGCAUGUUUGUAUCGUGUGACAGACACGCAGAUACUCUAUGCCCAAGGGACUGCCCAUAAUCGCAUAGUUGACGUAAGCGCAACUGUAGUUUUCAACACACUUUUGAAAUUUUAACAAUGAUUAAUGAAAAGUUUAUGUUUUUUUCACGCUGAUAUCUAGCUAGUGAUUAGAUCUUGUGCUCUAUUGAAUAAAUCUGGUCACAAUUAUGCACAUUUGAUAGACAUUAGCUUGUGAGGGCUGACAUUGUCAAUGGUGGUUACGUCAACUAUGCGAUUAUGGGCAGGGAAGUGAAGAAAGACUCCAUAACGAAAAGUUCCUGAACCGACGGGAAUCGUUCUCAGCAUAGUUUUGCUGAACACCCGUGCGUUUACCGCAUCGGCUACAUAUAUGGAGUGAGAUUGUAUAAUAGAUCCAAAAUUACAAAUCAAGGAAAAAAGAAAAACAUGCUUUUUGUUAUGUUGGCA